AUGUUUAUACAUCUCUUCCUAGGCAUUAUCGUGCUACUAGCCAACCAGGUACUAGCCAAUACGGAAACCAUAACUUUCAAGGUGCCUAAUUAUUAUGACAUCCCAUUCUGCCUGAGGUCGUUUGACAACCUGCCUGUCACGAGGAUCAACUCAUCGACUCUUCUUCUCACAGACAUCCCCAUACGAUGCAUCAACAACUACACCAUUGAUGACAGCGUGAUCAGUCUCCCGUACGACUACAUUCGGAAACCAAAGCAAACGCUCCUUGUCAAGCUCAACAAUUAUGAGAAUGCUGCCUUCGACUCGAAUGAUCUCAUCAAUGUCAAACUCUGCUGGCCUGCCACAUACCCCAUAAACUUCAACAUAGACUAUAAAUACGUCAGAGCUUCAGAAUUUGGAAAAUCUCAUAACGACACUCUUGAUAUUUACGUGGAAGUGACGUUUUACGGUGACUUUUAUUCCCCUGGAGAGGUGAAGGAGGACAAAAUCCAAUUUCAAUUGAUUAUAUCUAGACUCCCUGGAGUCGUUCCCAUUCCAAUAGAGUUAUAUGACUUCAUCAUAUACGUGGUGACUUUGUUAUUUCUACUAGUACCUGUGUAUCCGUACAUUGUGUCGUUGUUGACAGCACCAACAAGUGAAAAAGAGCACGAGGACUGA